UCGGUCGAUUGCUGCACUGAAACUUGUCAUCGUAAGAUCCCUCAGUCGGUGAACUUCAGAGAAUGGGUUUUGGGUUUGCCUGUGCGAUCACUUGCUCGUGUCCGGCGGUGCUCAGCGCAAUUCAGUUCGGGAUCAGUUCAUGACCUGAAUUGAGAGGAGAAAGAGAUUUUGGUGAAGUGGGUGUGAAGGGAGGCUCACGGCGGAGAUUGAUUUUGUCAAUGCAAUCAUCGGCAAGAUUGCUCGUGGGAGAGGCAUGGAAGAGGCAGUUCCUAUGGCAGAGGCACAUCCACCUUGGACAAUGUUUACAACGAUUGCGUGUGUACUCCAGCCUUGCCACCAACGAUGGAACUGUAACAUACCUUCGCAACGCGGAGACGGGUGCGGAGUUGUAUCUCGUUGGUACCGCCCAUGUCUCUGCCAAAAGUGCGGAAGAAGUUAGGCAGGUUAUUCUUCAAGUGAAGCCUGACACAGUCGCCGUGGAGCUUUGUGCCGAGAGAGCGAGGAAAUUGAUGGCUGGCGAGGAACAUAAAAUUCAAAAUCUCCUUCGUGAAUUUCUCAACUUUCCUGGUGGGAUCGGACAAAAGCUAGUGCACAUUGCCACAAAAUCUGUUUACACCCUACUUCGGAACACUGGUUUAGAACCUGGUAAAGAGUUCAAGGUUGCAAUAGCAGAAGCGCAGCAAUUGGAAUCGAAUAUUGUCUACAUUGAUCAAGACUUUAGGGUAACGUUCAAGAGGAUAGCGGACGAAAUGACUUAUCAAGAUGUAUUCAAGCUUCUGACCAAGCAGACUUCAGACAUGCCUGCGGAACUUUUACGAGAGUUCGAGAAGGGGGACUUUGUCGAAGGGGUUGAAAUGUUGAAGACCAGAGAGAAUGUAAGAGUGCUAAUGAAGGGCAUGGAGGAAGUUUUCCCAAACUUGGUUAAGGUGCUCAUCCAUGAGAGAGAUGAGCUGAUGUUUAAAAAUCUGCGUCAGUGUAAAGGUACCGUCGUCGGCGUCGUCGGUAUGGCACAUAUGGAUGGUAUCGAACGCCUCUGGAAGAAGCGUGACACUUGAUUAGAAUUUGCCAAUCAGGAGAUGAGGAAGAUUAGUCUACACUUGACGUUUGAGAAAGAAAGCAAGCAAGACUCUCCAUAAGGGCUCUUUUCAGAAGCUGAUCUUCAAGUUAUGGCAAAGAGAGAAUAGCAGAAAAGCCAUGUUAACGAGACUUUUUGCCGAGGGGGAGUUGACUUACAGGAUACCUGGGGAUGUGAAUUUGUAAAACACGAACAUCAGAUCGUGAAGAAUGGCUGCUUGAUUGCAGCUAGUUACGCAGAGUACCCUUGAAAGGAAGGAAGAAUUGUCCUGGGAUGGAGUAUAUUGUUGGUAGCAGUAGGAACACAGGAAAAGUUUUGGGAAGAGAAGUUUAUCAAAUCAUAACCUUGACCAUAGACUGGACCAAGAUUUCACCCGCUUGAAAAGAUUAUUAUCUGUACAGCUGUUGAGGCAACGCAGGUUGAGAGUUUUGUUCCGUGUCUGAACUCACAAGCUGAAAACGGUAUGGUUGAGAAAUCGUCUCUACAGAAGCAAGCAGAAGCAAGACUAGUAACCCGAACAUUGUUACUACUCUCGCUUGAGGGAAACAGAUCAGAAAAGGUUUUCAUUUCACUACCACAGGUUUUAAAUCGAAUGACGAUGUAUCGGUGUAGCUGUUGAGGUAGAUUAUUGAUCUGCGCUCUCCCUGUGGGCGUUGCAUUUUUUUUAGUGCACUAGGGUUACUCCUCAUUUCCUUUCUUAAUAAUUUUUCUGUUUGUGGAGAUUGCCACAUUUGUAAAGGAGGCUUAAAUCAGAUUCUCCAUUGGAGUUUGCUUCAUAUGAUCCACGAGUAAAGAAUGUGGCAGCUUUUAAAG